AUGAAUACCCAACGGCAUGUUGCCGGUUCCUCAACUUCUACCACUACUAGAAAAGGUUCUGGAACCCAAAAACUUUCUGGAUCAACAAGUGGGAAUGCUUGGGCUUCACAAACUGAGAAAAAUGAAAAUAUUAAAAUUGAACUGAACGACUUGACAAACAAAAAUUUAAACGAAGAAAAUGAUAGAAUUGAUAGUUUGCAUAUUCACACAAAUCCAAUUUUGAGGUUUAUAGAGAAUUCUAGGCUUUGUAGAUGCUCAAAAAGGUCUGCCUGCUGGGAUUCCGAGGGUUACUGGAAUGUUCAGUCACUCCUGUUUCCAUCGGAGCCUCCCUUCAAAUCUCAUGGGAUAUACUGUCAUCUAUCGACUUUCUCUUGGUACACAAGUGUAAGGAACGAGAGGUCCCUUGAAUUUCUGCCAGUUGUUAGGGGGGGGGAUAGGGUUAAAGGAUGCCUGCUGGAAUAUUCAAUCACUCCUUUUAUGUCAACCGAUUCUCCUAGGGGGAGUCUCAUAUGUCGUCAACCAACUUCCCAAAUUUUGGGUCCUUUCCAGUUUGGUAUUUGUGCGGUUUUUGAUGGUUUGUUAUUUCGGCUGGUCAGGAAAACUAAGAAAAAAGGGCGCGAACGAACAAUUCUCGCAAAUCUGGGCUUUCUUAUCGUCUUUGGAAUUCGUUGUAAUUUUGGAGCAGCCAAAAAUCACAUGUCUAGAGAUUUUUAUGAUCCUUGGGGCAAAAAACACAAGCACUCUUUUAAUUGGACUAGUGCUGAAUUGGGAGUGAUGGAAUCUUCCUUCUUUUAUGGAUAUUUAAUUACUCAAAUACCUGCUGGAUUUUUGGUUAGGUUUUUUUUGAUUAUUGAACCCUAUCUUAACCCAAUUUUCAAAGAUCUAAUCCGCACUUAUUCUAGAGCUCUCUUACUUAUCCCAAUUAUUUUUUAUCUCUUACAUCCUUCCAUAUACCCCGACAUUUUAUCACCAUGUCCUAACCCGUCCUCACAUAUCCCUCUCUUAUCAUAUAGCCUCACAUAUCCCAACCUUUAUCCACACAGCCUAUAUAUCCCUACCUCUUCCCCACAUAUCCGGCUUUCCCAAUAUCACAUUACUAACAAAUAUUAGGGUUGUCGGAUCCGCCGGAUAUCCGAAGAUUUCCAACUAUUCGACAACCCUACCACAUAUCCCAAUUUUCUCUCAUAUCACAAUCUCUUCCCCCACUUCCACACAUACCCCUAUCUCUUCUCACAUAUCCCAAUCCCUUAGUUAUCCUCAUCUCACCCUUAAGGCACAUAAUAGCAAAUAGAAUAUCACAAAAUUUUUUUUUAAUUUUCAAAAAUUUUCUAGGCCGC